AAAAAAAUUAUUUAUGAAAUAAUUAUCAUUGAACUAAAGAAGAAGAAAAAUUGUUUUUCAAGAUAAACUUCACAAUGGAUAAAAGAGCUUUAUUAUCUACUGUCAUUUUGUCAUUCGUUAUUGCAUCUCAAGCGAAAACUCUAGUGAAUAUUGACGAAGGCUUACUUCAGGGGACGAUAAUUUCAUCGAGAAAUGGAAGAAAUAUUUCGGCUUUUAUUGGUGUGCCUUAUGCACAACCGCCAAUUGGGGACUUGAGAUUUCGAAAUCCGGUACCAGUGAAAAAAUGGAAGGAAACGUAUUUUGCAAAUAAAGAGGAAAACGCUUGUCCACAACCAGUUGGAAAAAAAGUGAAUGGAAACGAAGAUUGUUUAUAUUUAAAUGUCUUUACGCCAAUAUUAGAAUUCGAUGAAUUGCAGAAUAAAAAAAAUUUAUUGCCAGUGAUGGUAUGGAUACACGGCGGAGGAUUUCACAUUGGAAGCAGUGGAUUAAAUAUGUACGGUCCGAAUUAUUUCAUGGACAAAGAUAUUGUAUUUGUCUCGAUGAAUUAUCGAUUAGGAAUUCUCGGUUUCCUCUCAACUGCCGACGAUACAGCACCGGGUAAUUUCGGUCUCAAGGAUCAAAAUCUCGCCUUAAAAUGGGUUCAAAAAAAUAUUCACAUCUUCGGAGGAAAUCCAAAUCGCGUUACAAUUUUCGGAGAAAGUGCUGGAGGAGCUUCUGUCUCGUUUCACGCACUCUCCGAUAAAUCCGAUGGUCUCUUUCAUCAAUAUAUUGCGCAAAGUGGAAACUCGUUGGUCCCUUGGGGAUUUCGUGAAAGGAAAGCCAUCAAACUUGACGUGAAUUUAAUUGCAAAAAAAUUGAAUUGUCCAGUAGAUAAUUCCAAAGUGAUUGUAAAGUGCCUGAGGGAUGUAAAUUAUUAUGAUCUAGUGAAUUUAACGAGCUACAAUGUUUUGGAUUUUCCCGAAAUAUUAUGGCUGCCGACAAAUGAAAUUGAAUCGAAUGAUGCAUUUUUAACAGACACGCCUGAGAAUUUAAUAAAUCAGAAUAAAUUGAGAGACUAUCCAAUUAUAAGUGGUUCGGUCGCCGACGAGGGACUAUACAUUACUGCACCUUUCCAUGCGAACGCAACUUCGAGAUUCAUUGAAAAUGUCAUCAAAAAAUGUAUCAAUGGAACUUUUAAUCGUUUCUCAUCAAUCAAAGAUUUAUCGAAAUUCGAGACAAUUAUCAAGGACUAUUAUUUUAAUGGAACCAUUUCUUCCAGUAAAAAUCGGGUUUUAAACAACUUUACGAAAUUUGCCGGCGAUAGUGAAUUCGUCUAUCCCGUGGCAAUUUUAUCGGAGAAAAUAGCGAAAUAUGGAAACAAGCCUAUUUAUUUGUACAUGUUUGGCUAUCGCGGUGAAGUGAGUUACUUGAAUUUGGAAUAUGACCUCAGGGAAAAUGUGGGAGUGAAUCAUGCCGAUGACUUAUUGUAUCUUUUAUCAGGAGAGCACUCUAAAUUUAUUUCCCAAACAGAUGAAUUUGUCAUUGAUUUAAUGAUAGAUCUGUGGACAUCGUUCGCAAUAAAUGGGGAACCAACGUCUAAACAAUUAGCCGAUUCCGAUCUUUGGAAACCUUAUUCAACGACUAAAAGUUUUCUCCAAAUUGGAAAUGUGUUUAACAACACGGAACCUUGUGUUACCGUACAAAAGGAUUAUCUCACCGAUCGUAUUAAUUUUUGGAAAAAUAAUUUUCCUCUUAUAAAGCUCUAAUUUUAUUUAUUAUUCUCAGUUACGAAAGAAUUUUUUUCUUCUAUUUUGAC